AUGGCAAUUUUCAUAAAGAACAAUAAAGCGUCGCUUGUCGACAUGGCUGUCCAGGAUUUCAUCAAAUUGGGUAUAGAUGGAGUGUACACGACAAUGAAAACAGUAGUAUCCUUUGAAUAUAUUUUUAAUUUCACUUCACACAUGAGAAACUUACAUAAGUACUCCACCAACUUCCUGGAGUUACAAAUAAAUGAUCAUAACAAAGAAUGCGUCACGAACAUUUUAAAAAAUUUGACAUUGGAAAAUAUUCGCAAGAGCAGCAGCGCAAGUAUUAAAGCAGGAUUCGAAUUCUUAAAUGCAUUAAAUGAUGAUAUAAAAAAAAAACAUUUUAGUGAAAAUUCAAAUUAUAUGGUUAUGGUUACCAUUACGUGGGAUAUACACAGUGAUAACUACGCACCCUCAAAUGAACCUUUUUUUUCCAUUCUAUGCUACAUAAAAUGCUUACCAAAACAUAGCAGCCAUGUGCAGAUAGAUAUCAUGUGUGGAGAAAGGAAGACGCCAAAUAUAAAAUAUUCAAAUGUGUUUGAUGUGAGAAAUAAACUGCUAAAAUUGAAAAGCGAAGAUAGCCACGAGGUUGUUUUAUAUAACGAGAAGGAAGAAAUUACAGAGGGAUUGACUUGUAAUUUUUUCUGCUUUUUUAAUGAUACAUUGUACACAGCAAAAGACGAACUUGUUCUCAAGGGCACCAUGCGAGAGCAAAUAAUAAACAUAUGCCAAGAGGAGGACAUAAAAUUAAAAAAAGAAUCUAUCAACAUAAGUGACAUUGGACGCUUCGAAUUCUGCUUCAUUUGCUCCACAACUAGGAACAUUUUACCCGUUAAUAAAAUUAUACUGUGUUCGGAAAAUAAAACAGAGUUUGAAAAGGAUGUCCAUCACCCCGUUUUGGUGAAGUUACAAGAGAAGUUGCGAGAAGCAGUUGAAAAGAAGAAGGAAAAAUAUGAGGUAUAUGUUAGUUAG